AUGAUGCCUCAACGAGGAACACCGCUCGACCUGACAAUGCGGAACCGAAAGACGUUGGCGCCGCCAAGCAAGUCCGACCGCUCGAUCGUUUGCACGUGGCCAAUCUUCACCUGCACUCAGUCUACCGGCAGCGUGGCCAUUCUCCUAUCCGAAACCCCACAUCAAUUUCGCGGGCUGCAGACCGCCGGUGUCGUAGUCUUCAUCCUCAACCUAGUUCUGUUUGUCCUUUUCAUCACAGCCAUUAUCUGUCGGUUCGUACGGAGACCUUCCAGCUUACGCAAAUCCGUCACGAACUCCCCGGAAGCUCAGGUUUUGGCAGGCUCUCUAUGGCUCUCGAUAGCGACCAUCAUCAUAUGCAUGCAACGUUUUGGUGUCCUUCACGCCGGUCCUUUGGCCAUCGUCGCCCUCCGGGUUCUCUUGGGCCUAUGCUACUAUCACCCUAGCGUAUAA